CUUCUCCAGCACCAACGAGAACGGGUCAAGCAGGGAGCCCUAAACCUUUCUCUCCUCAAGCAUCAACGCCAAUUUCUGUUAAACAAGACAGGACUUCCACUCCAGGAAGCAUUCUGAAUCUGAAUCUUGAUCGUAGCAAAGCUGAGAUGGACCUGAAAGAAUUGAGUGAGUCGGUGCAACAGCAGACCACUCCUGUGCAACUCAUCUCACCAAAACGACAGAUCCGCAGUAGGUUCCAGCUUAAUCUUGACAAGACAAUAGAGAGUUGUAAAGCGCAGCUUGGAAUAAAUGAAAUAUCUGAAGCUGUUUAUACUGCAGUAGAACACAGUGACUCUGAAGAUUCUGAAAAAUCUGACACCAGUGACAGUGAAUAUAGUGAUGAGGAUCAGAAAUCAAAGAACGAUCAAGAAGAUGGAGAGGACAAGGAAGGUACAAGAAGUGACAAAGAAUCAUUGAGCUUGAAAAAAAAACCUAAGCCCCCAGCACAGAAUGAAGACAAGGACGAACUUAAAAGCACAAGUCCAGAAGUGGAGAAAACAGAUGACCAAGUCAAAGAAAAGGCAAUUUCAGACACUGAAAAAGAAUUUUCUGAAAAGGGAAAAAGUUUACAGCACCCAGCAAAAGAAAAACUGAAAGGUAAAGAUGAAACCGACUCUCCAACGGUGCAUCUGGGACUGGACUCUGAUUCCGAGAGUGAACUUGUCAUCGACCUUGGAGAUGAGCAUUGUGGCCGUGAAGGGAGGAAAAACAAGAAAGAAUCUAAAGAGCCUCCUCCUAAACAAGAUGUUGUAGGAAAAACUCCACCUUCCUCCAGUGCAAGCACCCAACCUCUCCCAGAGACUCCAGUACUGACCCGCUCUGCAGCCCAGACUCCCCCAGCUGGGGUGACAGCAACUACCAGCGCUGCUUCUACUGUCAGUGCUCCCUCUGCAGCCACUGGCAGCCCUGUGAAAAAGCAGAGGCCUCUGCUGCCAAAAGAAAGCGCUCCCGCUGUGCAGCGUGUAGUGUGGAAUUCUUCAAAUAAAUUUCAGACAUCAUCUCAGAAAUGGCACAUGCAGAAGGUUCAGAGACAGCAACAGCAGCAGAGCCAGCAGUCUCAGUCCCAGCAAGCUCAGUCCUCUCAAGGGACAAGAUAUCAGACCAGACAAGCAGUUAAAGCUGUGCAGCAAAAAGAGAUCACCCAGAGCACUUCCACAUCAACCAUAACCUUGGUUACAAGUACUCAGCCUAUUUCUAUGGUUACCAGUUCUGGAUCUGCAAGUACGCUUUCUUCCUCAGUUAAUACAGACUUACCAAUUGCAACAGCGUCAGCUGAUGUGGCUGCAGAUAUUGCUAAAUAUACUAGCAAAAUGAUGGAUGCCAUCAAAGGAACAAUGACUGAAAUAUAUAAUGAUCUCUCCAAAAAUACUACUGGAAGUACAAUAGCUGAGAUUCGUCGUUUGAGGAUUGAGAUAGAAAAACUUCAAUGGUUACAUCAGCAAGAACUCUCAGAAAUGAAGCAUAAUCUAGAGCUGACAAUGGCUGAAAUGCGUCAGAGUCUCGAGCAAGAGCGAGAUCGUUUGAUUGCAGAGGUGAAGAAGCAGCUGGAAUUAGAAAAGCAGCAAGCAGUGGAUGAAACUAAAAAGAAGCAGUGGUGUGCUAACUGCAAGAAAGAGGCCAUUUUUUACUGCUGUUGGAACACCAGCUACUGCGACUAUCCCUGCCAACAAGCUCACUGGCCUGAGCAUAUGAAAUCUUGCACACAGUCAGCUACUGCAACGCAGCAAGAAACAGAUACUGAAAUUAGCACAGAAACAUUAAAUAAAUCAUCCCAGCCCAGUUCAAGUGUGCAGCCUACACCCACAGAAACAACCAGCACCCCUAAGGAAAAAGAAGGUUCAACUGAUAAAAGCAAAGAGAACGUUACAACCAUUCCUGUAGUGGUAAGUCCUUCUGCUGGGACAGUGGCAAUGCGAACUGGAGUUCAGUAUGUUCAGACCACAAUGCCAGUCCAAGUACGAAGAGUCUAA